GUGUUGCUAGGAUACGGGAAACUCUUCCACCGAAACACUGUUCGCGUCGGAAAGUUUACAAGGCGUAACGCAGACUUCACGUUUAGCUGUCACCCCUUUCCCCGGGGACACUCAGAUGACAACAUGGAGAUAGUCCAUGUCUACACCAAGAAGCGCAGCGACUUCGGUCGGCCUUGUAACUUCUCUGACCGGCCCGCCGAGCUCCGCGUGGACAUCUGUCCUGACCCUUCCCUGGGGGAGCCCUUCCUGGAACGAGACCCCUGUGAUGUCCCACUGCAGUGCUCCCAAGACAUGUCAGAGCAUGAGGUGAACACGGACCGCUAUGAGUCUGUGUCCUGCGGGAUAAACCAUGUUGAGGGGGGCUGGCCCAAAGACAUCUAUCCUCACGAGAUGGAGCAGACCAUUCGCUUCAGGAAGAAAGUGGAGAAAGAUGAACACUACUGCAACACCGUUCUCCAGCUGGGCAGUGUCAUGGAGCACUGCAUCAAACAGAACAACGCCAUUGACAUCUAUGAGGAGUACUUUGAGGACCAGGACUCAGUGGAGGACAUGCAGGAGUGUCCCUCAGCCAAGACCAUCAACAUCUUUAGGGACCCUAACAAAGUAAAGCGCACGGUAACCAGUAUGUCAUGGCAACCGGGCGGCUGCAGGAAGCUGGCCGUGGCUUACUCCUGCCUGGACUUCCAGAAGGCCACCAAAGACAUGAGCUUUGACUCUUACAUCUGGGACAUUGAGAACCCAAACAAGCCGGAGAUGUGCAUCAAACCCGUGGCCCCGCUGGUGUGUCUGGAGUACAUCCCCACAGACUCUCACAUCCUGGCGGGGGGGUGCUACAAUGGACAGAUCGCCUACUGGGACACUCGCAAGGGCAGCCAGCCUGUGGACACGUCCAAGAUAGAACACAGCCACCGAGACCCCGUGUACAAGAUCAUCUGGCUGCCGUCGAAGACAGGAACCGACGUGUUCUCCGCCUCAACCGACGGCCAGGUGCUCUGGUGGGACACCCGUAAGAUAAGCGAGCCCACCGAGAAGCUGAUCCUGGACCUCAACAAGGAGGGCAACCUGGAUAACGCCCUGGGGGCCAUCUCCCUGGAGUUUGAGUCCACCAUGCCUACCAAGUUCAUGGUAGGAACGGAACAGGGGAUGGUGGUCUCUUGCAACCGCAAGGCAAAGACCCCCGCCGAGAAGAUUGUCAGUACCUACAGCGGCCACCAGGGGCCCAUCUACGCCCUGCAGAGGAACCCCUUCUUCCCCAAGAACUUCCUCACCGUGGGGGACUGGACGGCGCGCAUCUGGUCCGAGGACAUCAAGGACGCCUCCAUCAUGUCCACAAAGUACCAGAUGUCCUACCUGUCGGACGCCUGCUGGAGCCCCGUUAGACCAUCCGUGUUCGCCAGCGUCAAGAUGGACGGGACGCUGGACCUGUGGGACAUCCUGUUCAAGCAGAACGACCCCACACUCAGCCUCAAAGUGUGUGACGAGGCUCUCUACAGCCUCCGCAUGCAGGAGAACGGCCGCUUCCUGUCCUGCGGCUCCCAGCUGGGCAACACCACGCUGCUGGAGAUCUCCCCCGGCCUGUGCAUCCUGCAGAGGAACGAGAAGAGCCUGGUGGCUGCCAUGUUUGAGCGGGAGACCAAGCGGGAGAAGAUCCUGGAGGCGCGGCAGAGGGAGUUGCGUCUGAAGGAGCGCAGCCGCUCGGAGCAGAGCAAGGAUGAGGACGCCGGCGCCGCCCGGGAGGGGGACGGCGAGGAGACGCCCGAGGAGAUGAUCGCCCGCGCCGAGGCCGAGUUCUUCGAGGUGAUCGACGCCGAGCUCAGGAAGAAGGAAAAGGAGGAGGAGAAGCAAAGGGAGAAAGAUGUCUGUGAAGAGAAACUAAUCAUGGAGGAAUCCUAAAGAUACCCAAUGUGUCCAGAAUCCUAACCAUAUUCUUCGUCCACAAUGUCCCAUUUAAGGAAUGUUCAUUCAGCUUUGUUUAUGUAAAGUAUUAAAAGUGUGUGCAUCACACCUGGGAAAUUCUCAAUAAAAUAUAAAAUGCAAGUGUAA